AUGUCUGACCAGGAAAUCACAAUAACGGGCUGGACCACCCGCGAUGUCCGCUUCCCCACCUCCCUCGACAAGACGGGUUCCGACGCCAUGAACGCCGCCGGCGACUACUCGGCCGCUUACUGCAUUCUCCAGACUGAUUCCAAAUAUACCGGACAUGGCAUGACCUUCACCAUUGGCCGCGGCAACGACAUUGUCUGCUCCGCCAUCAACCACGUCGCCGACCGCAUCCGCGGCCGCACCCUCUCCUCUCUCGUCGCCAACUGGGGCCAAACCUGGCGCCACCUCGUCAACGACUCGCAACUGCGCUGGAUCGGUCCAGAAAAGGGCGUCAUCCACCUUGCUCUCGGCGCCGUCGUCAACGCCCUCUGGGACCUAUGGGCCAAGGUGCUGGGCAAACCCGUUUGGCGAAUCGUCUCCGAAAUGUCGCCCGAGGAGUUUGUACGGUGUAUUGAUUUCCGGUACAUCACGGACGCCAUCACCCCCCAGGAGGCAGUGGAGAUGUUGAAGGAGACUGAGAAGACCAAGACGGAAAGGAUCAAAGACGCCGAGGCGAAUAGGGCCGUGCCGGCUUACACGACGAGUGCGGGAUGGUUGGGGUACGGGGAGGAUAAGAUGAGGGCGUUGUUGAGGGAGACGAUGGAGAAGGGGUACAAGCAUUUCAAGCUCAAGGUGGGCGGUAGUGUUGAGCAGGAUAAGAGACGGCUGGGGAUCGCGAGGGAGGUGAUUGGCUAUGAUAAGGGGAAUGUCCUGAUGGUGGAUGCGAACCAGGUCUGGAGCGUGCCGGAGGCGAUUGAGUACAUGAAGGAGCUGAAGGAGUUUAAGCCGUGGUUCAUUGAGGAGCCGACGAGCCCGGAUGAUAUUCUGGGUCACAAGGCGAUCAGGGAGGCGCUGAAGGAGUAUGGGAUUGGAGUGGCUACGGGCGAGAUGUGUCAGAACAGAGUGGUGUUCAAGCAGCUGUUGAUGAGCGGGGCGAUUGAUGUGUGCCAGAUUGAUGCGUGCCGGAUGGGAGGCGUCAAUGAGGUGUUGGCGGUGUUGCUGAUUGCGAAGAAGUAUGGCGUGCCGAUCGUGCCGCAUUCGGGCGGUGUUGGGUUGCCUGAGUAUACGCAGCACUUGAGCACGAUCGACUAUGUGGUGGUGAGCGGGAAGAAGUCGGUGUUGGAGUAUGUGGAUCAUCUUCAUGAGCACUUUUUGUAUCCGUCUGUCAUCAAGGAUGGGUACUAUCAGACUCCCACCGAGCCUGGGUAUUCCGUGGAGAUGAAGGCGGACAGCAUGGAUCGGUUCGAGUAUCCUGGUGGUGAGAAAAGCUGGUGGAGGACUGAGGAGGCCAAGCCUAUUCUCGAGGGACCCAAGUUUUAGCCAAAAGCUAGCGAUGUAGCGGUGGAAUUGAAC